AUGCCGGGAGAUGUACAAGUAAAGAAAGCAUCGGAGAUUACAUCUCCAAGCGGUCCUCAGAGCGAUGGCAUGGAGCGUAUCCCUGCCAUUGUGGAUAUGUCGAACCAGAUCUGCGGCACAGUAAUGCUUGCGAAGCCUCACAGCGCGAGUGCCAUCCAUCACCACGGCGAAGAGGACACUAUUGUUUACGCAGUGAGUGGCCGAGGAGCUAUCGUCAGCGACAAUGGCCAGAAAAGACAAGAAUUAGCCCCGGGCGACUUUGCACUGAUCCCAGCAUAUGCUGAGCACCAAGAAGUCAACGAUGGUGAUGAAGAAGUCAAGUGGAUUAUCACCCGCGGUGGCCGCAGUCCAAUUGUGCACAACCUAGACGACUGGGGCAAGAAUCAAGAUCCAGCAGAAGCACAAGGCAGCUAUUAA